AUGACCAAUUUCAAUUGGGAAAUUGGCAUGAAAUUUACCACUAGGGAGAAAUUUGUUGAAACUGUGUCAUCAUAUGCAGUUUAUUGUGGAAGGAAAAUGAAGUGGGAGAAGUUGGACCAUAUUAGGGCCAGAAGCCAAAAAAAGGCUAUGGAGGUAGUUCAAGGGAGUCAUAAACUACAAUUCAAGAGGCUGCAUGAUUUUUGUUUUGAGGUGUUGAGAUCAAAUCCUGGAAGCAGUUGUAGUGUAUCUGCAAUCUUACCUUCGUCAGAAGGACCAUCAAGAAGUUUGAUGCCUGUUUUUGAUAAUAUUUACAUAUGUCUUGAAGCAUGCAAGAAAUCAUUUGCUACAUGUAGACCAAUAAUUGGAAUUGAUGGUUACUUUCUCAAAGGAAUUUACGGUGGACAACUACUAACAGCAGUAGGAAGGGACCCUAAUGACCAAAUGCUCCCCAUUGCAUUCGCUGUUGCUGACAAGGAAACAAGGGCAACAUGGAGAUGGUUCCUUCAGAGACUCCUCGAAGAUAUUGGUUCACACAGAGAUCAUAGAUGGACAUUUGUUAGUGACCAACAAAAGUUGAAGGAACUAAUGUGGAAGGCUGCAAAAGCAACAUAUCCACAAGAAUGGCUAAGGGUAAUGAGAGAAAUUGAACAGGUCAACACUAGUGCUUUUGCUAUACUAAUGGGUAUUGAACCCAGAUUCUGGACUAGGUCCCAUUUCAAUGGUUAUCCUAAAUGUGAUACAUUGGUUAAUAACAUGUCGGAGACAUUCAAUAGUGUUAUUUUGGGUGCUAGGGAGCUUCCUAUAGCUUCAAUGUUGGAAGCAAUCAUAAACUAUUUAAUGAGCAGAUGGGCAGACAACAGAGAAAAGAUUCAUAAAUUUGAAGGCAAUGUCCUUCCAAGGAACUAG